AUGAAGACCGGCGCUGCCUGUGACCUCUCAGCAGGCGACUGCUUCCGAACGUGCAGGAACUCCUGCGUGUGCCCCUUGGGAGGGCUGAUGAGUCCGUCUGCCACAUUAGGAGCGCUGCUUCUUCCGCCACAGAAUGUGACACUCAUCUCUGAGAAUUUCUACACCUUCUUGACAUGGCAACCAGCCCUGGACUCAACUGACAACACUCAGUACGAGGUGGAGAGAACUAAUGGGGACAGGACUGCUCCUGAGUGGAUCAGAGAGACUUCGUGCAGGGGAAGCCACCUGAGACAAACCCAGAAGUGCCCUCUUCAUCUGCCACAUUUGUUCAGUGCCUACCAAGCCAGGGUGAGAGCUCGGGAUGGAUCCAGGUUGUCUGCAUGGGCCCCUUCAAAUGGACUGCAGCUCUACAAAGACACUGUGGUGGGCCCCCUGACCCUGUCUCUGGCUACCGGCAACCGCCGCCUGUGUGUGUCCGUGGCUCUGCCUCGCACCCCCCUGAAGGAGAGCGAUUCUUACCUGGCGUCCCUGAAGAUCCUGGCUGUCCUCCGCGGAGAAGGUGGCUUCCUACGCAAGGUGAAGAUGCACAGGCACCUGAUGAAGCACACAUUUGAAGGCGUGAGGCCGAACGCCAAUUACUGUGUCCAGGCUAGAGUCACCGGCCAGAGGGCCAAGGAGGCAGUGCAGUGCAUCUGGAUGCCAGAGAGCCCCACAGGAGACUAUUGGACCUUCUUGAUUCUGGCGUCUGUGAUCCUUUCUGGGCUCGUCCUGUUGGGAGUAGUUGGUAGGGCUUUCCUUAAGGGUUACAUCCAUCCAAGCUCCUCGGAAAUAGAUGUCCUCAAAUCACUGACAUCGCUGAACGUGAAUCUUUCUGCUUUGAGAGCUGUCCUUCACUUGGAAGACGACGCCAUUGCUUCCCUCUCCAUGGUGGGGUUGCCCUUGGAUAGCAGCAGCACGUCGGCAGAGCAGGGACAACCUGGGGCCCAGUGGGCUCCCCCGGAUAGUUGUCAUGCCCAGGAACUGAAUGACUACUGUGCCAAUGGAUUUGUUCGAAGCAGUUUAGGCCACGAGGGACCUUCCACUUCCCCUGUUGCUACUGGUGACACUUCCUCAUCUGGAGGACUGCUGAGGGACGAAUAUCCAAAUGACAGGAGCUACAGAACCACUUUAGAGCUCUUGGAAACUUCUGGGCAUCCGUUGCCUUCAUCCACAGAGCUUCAUUCACAGGACUCGGAGACAGGCUUCUGGGAAUGGACAGGCAAAAGGAGCAAGGACAGUGGGCAGGCGGGAUGGCCUCUUUCUUCUGCAGUUAAUAUUCCCCUCCACACUGUGAAGCUGUGCACUGUUCAGGACGUGCAAGGCCUCCUACAAUGUCCAAGUGUUUCUCUUCAAGUAGGAGACUGUGGUGCCCACCCAGCAGGCCACAGAUUCACAGGCAUGUCAGAGGCACCGAACGUCCCACAGGUCCAGCCUGGAAGCGAGAGACCAACAGGCGAUGCAUCUCCUGGGUUAUGAAUUCCGCCAGUCCAUCCUUCCUUGUGAAUUGUAUUUCCCAGUGUAAUGUGUCUGUCUGUCUGUUUUUUAUUUAUUCCUAAAUUACUCCCAAGUAUGUAUAAGCUGCUUUUCUGAUUGAUGCAUACAGCAAAAGAAAGUGUGUGGAUCCAAUAGAUAUGUGGGCUCAUCGGAAAGAUGUUCUUUGCUAACAAAAGGGGCACUUACAGCUGUGGCUGAAGGCAAGGAAAGUCUUGAAGUCUUGUGUUGAAGGAGGGGCAAGAUCAAUUGACUGUCAUUUCUUCAGUAUUUCCGUUCGUCUCCUCUCUCUGCCACCAAUCAGCUUCAUGGGAUGUGCACAGACUCUGCACCAAUUGCAAGUAGCGGCUGAUUUGAUCUUGGCCUCGUUUAAAGUGCUGGUGUCAAUCACUUGUAUUUCUGCCAGGCUAAAUGGAUUUACCACAUGCUAAUGAAGUCAGCUCAGCUCAGAGAUUAGGAUGGAUUGGGGAGGUGGGCAAGAAAAUGGCCCUGGGAUGGGGGGACAGCUGGGGGUUGAUCCAUUGUGUUAAUUAGGUGAUGAGAAG